AUGCAUGUGCCUAGACAAAUUUUAAAUUUCGCAGCAAUCUAUUUCAUCAGUGGCACCUGCUUGCGAAUUACCAUGUUUCGUAGAACAGGAUUUCAGCCUAUAAAUGGCUUUGCUAGAACAUUUGCUAGGUUCAACUCCACCAAGAAUGGCACAGGAGUGGUUUUCAUGAACAUGGGUGGCCCAUCAAAAGUCAAAGAAACGUACGAUUUUUUGCUUCGAUUGUUCUCCGACGGCGAUUUGAUACCGUUUGGAAUCUUUCAAAAGCCUUUGGCCAAGUUUAUUGCGAAGCGCAGAACUCCCUCGAUUGAAAAGAACUAUCAGGAUAUUGGCGGAGGUUCACCUAUCAGAUAUUGGUCCGAAUACCAAUGUAAAAAAGUUUGCGAGAUUUUGGACAAGAAUCGGCCCCAGUCGGCACCACACAAACCUUAUGUGGCGUUCCGUUAUGCCAAUCCCUUGACAGAAGACACUUUAAAGAAAAUGUUGGACGAUGGAGUUACUCGUGCUGUUGCCUUUUCUCAGUACCCUCAAUUCUCAUACUCAACUACUGGCUCGUCCAUCAAUGAGUUGUACAGAAAAACGUUAGAAUUGGACCCUGAAAGAAAGAUCAAGUGGAGUGUCAUUGACAGAUGGCCCAAACAGGCAGGAAUGGUGAAAGCUUUCUCUCAGCACAUCACCGAUAAGCUCAAUGAGUUUCCCGAAGAAGAUCGUUCCAAAGUGUUGGUUUUAUUUUCUGCCCAUUCAUUGCCCAUGGAAAUUGUGAACAGAGGAGAUUCCUAUCCUGCUGAGGUUGCUGCCACUGUGUAUGCUAUCAUGGAAAAGUUGAAAUUUUCGAAUCCAUACAGACUUGUGUGGCAGUCUCAGGUUGGACCCAAGCCAUGGUUGGGGGGACAAACGGCAAAAAUUGUUGAAUCGUUAGAGAAGAGAGACGAUGUCAAGGGCAUUGUCUUGGUUCCAGUGGCAUUCACAUCGGACCACAUCGAGACUUUGCAUGAGCUUGACAUCGAAUUGAUAGAAGAGUGCGAGAAUCCCGAGAAGGUCAAGCGUGCUGAAUCGUUAAACGGUAACGAGGACUUUAUUAGUGGAUUGGCUGAUUUGGUUAGCGAACACUUGGACAAGAAAGAACCUUACAGUUCACAGUUGGAGUUGGAUUGUAUUUUGGGUGGGCAAAAGGCCACUGGAACAUUCAAGCAUCCAGAUGAGAUGUUUCGUCCAUGA